AGUUAAUGUUUCAAGUCCAGUGACCCUUCUUCAGAAGGUUCUAGGUGGUGGACUAUGGUGAGGGAAAGUCUGCACAAAAGCUAGAAAAGCACAGGAGAAAGACCACAGCAGAAAACAUGGAAAGCAACAAAGAAAUUAAUCAGUCACAGUGGAUAAUAUAUUAAGAUGAAUUGGAACUUGUUAUAGGGAUGGGGAAGAAAAGAGCACUCAGAAAGUCCUCCAAGAUAAAGUACGCCAAGGAACGGGAUAAAGUUGAUACCAAUAAAGGAUCCAAAUAGCAGGAGCUUGACCCAACUACGACUGUAGAAGGUCAUGAGAACCAAGAGCCAAGGCCCAAGCGACAGGCAUUCUACCUGCGUUUGUUCAGAUAUGUUAUGGACACCUAAUGGUGCAGGUGUCCCAGCCCAGAGGUAUGGACUUUACCACUGCAGUAGAAGAGUCGAUGCAUCCAAGGCAUGUGUGUGACGUUAUCAACGCUUAAUGGAACGAAGUCUUGCUACAUGUUUGUGAACAGAAUUUUCAUUUUGUGGUUCCAGUUGAAAAGAAUAAGAAAGUAGAUGUUAUCAAAAGAAUCGGCUUUAAGAGUGCAAUGGCAGUGCCGGAAAAACAUUGGACGACUUUAAAACGAUCUAGAAUUAUUUAGAUUUUGAAAUGAUGCAGUUCUGCAAACCUGUGUCUGCCCUCCAACGGCCAAGUUGCUGCAGUUUAACGGAAGAGAGUUACUGCCGGUUCUCCCACUGUCACUAACAUGCGGGAUUACGAUGAAAUCACUGUUUUUCUCGGAGGAUGGGGACCUUACCAGAUCCUCGCCUUCUUCGUUUUGAGCGUCAGUGUCUUUCCCAAUGGCUUCGGUGGACUGUCUAUAGUUUUUGUCGGGGAUAUUCCUAAACACCGCUGUUUCAUUCCCGGGAACCUCAACCUCAGUGAAGCGUGGAUGAACCGCACGAUCCCUCUGGAACAAGACAAGGACAAACUCCAGUACAGCAAAUGUAGACGGUACCGGUUGGAUGUGAUCAAGAACCUCUCGGAGAUAUUCCCUGACCCGGAUUCCGUCAAUAUUUCUGAGGUGGGACAGGAGCCCUGUUUGGAUGGAUGGGUGUACAGUAAGGAGCAGUACAUCUCCACCAUCGUCAGCGAGUGGGAUUUGGUGUGUAACAAUGCCUGGAAAAUGCCAUUUUCUAUGUCAGUAUACUUUCUGGGAGUGCUGACUGGUUCAUUUGUUUCUGGUAUCUUGUCGGAUAGGUUUGGUAGAAAGGCAAUUCUGUUUGCGACCAUGGCUGUACAGACUGGCUUCAAUGUACUUCAAGUGUUCUCAUCAUCCUGGGAAAUAUUCUGCCUGGUUAAUUUCCUGAUAGGUAUUGGACAAAUCUCAAACUACGUGGCUGCUUUUGUUCUGGGAUCAGAACUUCUUGGAAAAUCCAUUCGAAUUACGUUCUGCACACUGGGAGUUGGCAUUUCAUAUGCAUUCGGAUAUAUGUUCUUGCCUUUGGUCGCAUACUUCAUACGAAGCUGGAGGAUUUUGCUUUUCGCCCUGUCUCUUGUUGGCCUGAUAUACAUACCUUUAUGGUGGUUUAUUCCUGAAUCUCCACGCUGGCUGCUGUCAAAGGGGAGGGUACAAGAGGCAGAAGCAAUAUUCCAUCACAUUGCAAAGAAAAAUGGUACCACUCUACCAGAGGUGCUCUUCAGUGAUUUGGAGCUUGAAGAUAUAAAGGAUAAAAAUAUAAAGUCUUUUUCAAUUACUCACUUGAUAAAAACCCAUAACAUUCGAAGCAUCACCAUUAUAAACCUUAUAGUGUGGUUCAUUUUAGCAAUUGGAUACUAUGGUCUGUCUUUGAACACACCCAAUCUCCAUGGUGAUGACUAUUUGAAUUGUUUCAUCUCUGGUGCCAUCGAAAUUCCGGCCAACCUGGCAGCUUGGUUUUUCCUCCAGAAGUUUUCUCGCAAGUUGAGCCUCUCGGGCUCACUUUUUUUUGGUGGAAUUGUCCUCUUCUUUGUCCAGCUCAUACCUUCAAGUAUUUCAAUACUCGCUACAAUGCUGGUGAUGAUUGGAAAAUUAGCAAACACAUGUGCUUUUGCCAUAAUUUAUACCUAUACUGCUGAACUCUAUGCAACUGUGAUAAGAAACACAAGUGUUGGAGUAUGUUUGACGGCCUCCAGGCUGGGCAGUAUCAUCUCACCUUACUUUUUUUACCUUGGAGCUUACUAUGAGUUUCUACCUUAUAUUCUGAUGGGAAGUUUGACCAUAUUUUCAGCACUUCUGAUCUUGUUACUGCCUGAAACAAUAAAUUUCCCCCUCCCAGACACCAUUGACCAGAUGCAGAGAAUGAAAGGAUUCAAAAAUGCUUGGAUCCACCGAUACUAUCUUAAUACAAAUGAAACAACCACAGAAGUUAAUUGUAUGGCUAUUAAGAAAGAGGAACUUUGACCCAGUUUUGGUGAAAGAUCUCAGCAAUGGAGCACUGGAUGUUCAUCAUUUAUUUUCAAUUUAUGCCACAGUGUUCACUGUAUGGAGAAUCGGCCCAUGAUAGGACAGAACAAGCCAAGACAGGGAAGUGGUGUUCCCAACAUUCAGCUCCUUAUCCACUACAAGGGGACCUUCCUUGACCGAGCCAGUGAUGACCAUGACCGUUCCAGUGAUGAUGCUGAAACUUCCUUGUCCAGGUUCACAGUUUUGCUCCACAAAUGCAUGCAGACUGACUCAUCUCAUCCUAAGGUUAGCUGGGGACCAGACUAUUCUCAGUACAACUCCCACCUCCCAUCGACACAAAAUUAAUGUUGGCUAAUGAGAACUACAAGUCCUAUUAGAUUUUCAUUCCCAACCAUGAAAGGAAGUUUUCCAUCAUGAUAAAACAGCAGCCAAUUGUAAAUUGGCCACAAAACAUCUUGAGCUUGCCUGGCUGAAGAUCUGCAGGCUCCUUUCACAAAUCCUGUACCGUACUGCUGGGAGGAAUUGGAUCAUUCAAAACAAGUUGGCCACUUAAGUGGAAAUUGACACUACAGUGAUGAACUGCAGGAACCUGUUUGUUGCUUGCAAAGUGAAACACAAAUCUUUCAAAUUUAGCUCUACCGUCUUUGUGUCGGGAGAAGGAAAAUAGUUUGAAUGCAAGUUUGUACCUCAAGUCAAUGUAAUACAC